UUCUCCUGACACACUUUUUUUUUCGCCCCUCAUACUGAGAGGUUAAAGCCUGCUGCUAGUUUUGGCUAGUGCAAAAUGAUAAUCUGUCCAGGACGUGGCGGCUUGUCGCAUGGUUUCAUAUUGGGACGGCCACUUCAGCAUAGCAAACUGCAACACCUUCGCAUUCAUACGUCCUUCCAGACCCCACACCUGUGUGUUCAAACCGGGAUCCCUCGUCAUGCAUGUUGCUUUGCCAAUAUGUUACCAUCAGUUGACAGCGCUCAUUUUCUAGCCGAUGGGGGGCGAACGGGGGAACACCCUUCCGGCCGCAGCCUUGUCGCCCACGCCGAGUAGUGAUAGGCCCGUUCAAGGUUUACGAGUGCCCAAGGUCCAUAAUCCCUUUGCCCCGGUCAAGCUAUGUAUCUAUUGGUCCACUGCCCCCAAAGGGUGUUUAGCUUUGCUCUGCGACAUUUCUAAGCUUAGGCUGGGUUCUGGAACCGGCAAGCCUGCCUCCACUGGAGCAUCUCAGAGCCCCCGGGAAACCACUGUUGGUGGCGUCAGUGUACAGGAAACCCGGCAUAUUCGACCUAUGACAGCAUUAUAGCAGCGGAAGAGCAGCGCGGCUGGCAUAAUCUGCUAGCCCAUCCCACCGCUGGCAGUAUCGUGAAGGUCUUGUGACCGGUGGUUGGUGAAGUGGUGUUGUGUACAGCUGGCAGGGCAGGCUCGCUCUGGUGGGACAUUUAAGAGAGAGCCCAAUCGCUUCUUCACAUGCGCAAGAAGCGAUAAGUGUGCCAGUGGGGGUGAAGGAGCCAAAUGGGAAGCUGGAGGUCCAGUGGAAUUGCAACUUGCUCUCACCGGUUCAUCAAUGGCUGUCCACGAGACACUACCACAUAUGUACGUCGACGUCAACUUUCUCCUGGCUCUUACGUUGCCUGAAUUUCAGCCGCAACUCCGCACGGGAUUCUCUCCUUCCUAGCCCGAUCUCAUCACCAGCAGUCGGCUAUCUUCAUCGCAUUGUAAUAUUUGAUGCCUUGCAUCUCG